UUUUCUUGAUUAUUUGAAUAAAUAUAUGCCUGAUUGUUGGUAUUUACUUAAAAGUUUACUUUUUGCACUAUAGUAGCGCACUAUAUCCUUUUUACUUAUCAUGUUGGUUAAAGAUGGUCUAACAGCUUGACCGCUGGUAGCCGGACAGACCGAGCUGGAUUUUUCUACCAUGAUUAGCCAAAACUACCAGACAGAAUACUGACACAUGAUACCAGGUUGCAUUCCUAAUACAGAAAGGCAAAUCCACUUGAAUGAAAACGAAACGUUUACUUGCAGUGUUUACAUAAACAUCGGUCUGUCUUUCCUACAGCCAUCCCAACCAUAUAAGGUCAUAUAAAGCCACUGGAGCAGUGAACUCUUACCAGGAUUUCUGACCCUCCCUUUUAAUGAUUAUUUCUUGCAUUCUCAUGUCUGGAUCUUAAUGACAACCAGUCUCACAGUCUACCAUUACAGAGGAAAUAAAGACCAUCUUGUAUUGGAUAUGGCAUUGCUUUGACUCUUGACUGUCUUUCUUAUUAGAAUUUGUCAACGUCUUUCUUUUUGAGCCCCGGUGAUUCAGCAUCUGUGUAGAAAAUAAUGUAUGCAUACAAGAAUGAGGAACAAUUACACACACGAGGUUAAGCGUAGAACUGAGCAUACCCAGCUAAUUAUAACACAUGCUAGGAGCUCAUGGCUGUGUAUUUUUAAAUGUGGCCUCGGUUAACACAAAUAAAUCAUUUAUAUGGAUGUGUCAUGAUGGCUCAGCUGGCUGUCUUUUUUUAUAUAGCAAAGCAACAAAUAGUGCCAAUUCCUUCUUAACCAGUUAAAUUACUUGUAUAAUUAUUACUAGAGUUGUAUAAAUAUUUGUGUAAUACUGAAGAAAUGCCCGAAUAAAAGUAAAUGUGUCCCGCUUAUAACAUAUUAACAAUAGGUUGAUGGGUCUAUUUGAUUCUAUGUUAAUGUUACACAUGCACAGUCAUUAGAUGAAUUAUUUAACAGUCAUUAGCCCAACAGAUGAAAACGUCUCAGGUCUGUCUCACAGUGACACCCAUAUGGCCACUAGGUGGACCUCCUUUCACAUAAAUUCUAUCCUUACAUAUUUUCUGCCUAGUUUCAUUUCCUCAGGAAUAAGCUUUCAAUACAUUUUGCACUGGUGUAAUGAGCCCUGUUCAUUUGCAUUACAAAAGCACAUUGUAGCAUUAUAACACUGCAAUUGUUUGAUUCUGUAGUUUCACCCAUCUGUGCUGAACGACCCUGGUCCACUCUUCUUUCUUCCUUGUUUAUCCUCUUGAAUUCACUACGCUAUAGGCGCUAUGGCGCGCCAUCUGCUCCGCAUGCUGGCCCCGGUGGCCACUCUCCAAUACUCGAGGUCCACUGUGAACAUUGGCCGGCUCCUAAAUGUCACCUCACCCAUUACGCUAGCCUGAGCCUGCUGUCCGUCCUUCAGCAGCAUCCACCGUGGUAGCAGCAUCCAUGUCUGGGUUCAAUCUUCUGCAUUUGGUGACCAAAAACCAACCUGUUAAACUCAAGGCCUGCGGGCUUCCCUCAGGGACAUGCCGCACCAAGACGACCUGGCCCAAAAGCUUCCCUCAGGAAGAGCUGAGGAAGCGCUUGACACCUAUGCAGUACCAUGUUACUCAGGAAAAGGGCACAGAGAGUGCAUUCAGGGGAGAAUACACAGACCACAAAGAGGAGGGGACGUACAGGUGUGUUGUCUGCGGCGCCCCUCUGUUCAUGUCAGAUAAGAAAUUUGAUUCUGGCUCAGGAUGGCCGUCCUUUUUUGAUCUGAUCAAAGAGGAUUCAAUAACAGUGACUGAUGACUUCUCUUAUGGCAUGCACAGAGUGGAGGCUAGCUGCAGUCAGUGUGGCGCUCACCUUGGACACCUCUUUGACGACGGCCCUCGGCCCACUGGGAAACGCUACUGCAUAAACUCCGCCUCGCUUAACUUUCAGCCAAAAAACGCUGCUCCUGAAGGGGCAGAACCAAGUGGCGCCACAGGCCAAUCAUCAUCUUCUAGUAAGAGUGAGCUUUGAGGGGACUUUCCCUAGACCAGUGAAGUAUUAGAACAUUUAUAUUUGUCCUUUAGAGUUCACUCCUUGGUGACCAGAUUCAGAUCAAGCCUGAUGCAUUACAGGUGAGCCUAGCAAUAAGACAGGUAUGUCCUCCACCAACCAGAAGCCUAUUCAGUAGCAGUCCGUAAACAGCAUAAUUUCAAUGGCCUUGACUGAAAUGCUCCACUAGUCAGUCGCCCAUAACAAUUCCCCUGUUACAGAGAUGCAUGUUAUCUGAAACGUCUCUCCUGGAAGUCUGCUGUAUGCUACUGCUUUUACCAUCUACCAGUGGAUUUGAUAGAGCAAGACUAUGGACUGUGAGAUUUUUGUUCUCCAAAAUAUAGUGGAACAUUGUUGUUUGGAAAUGAACUAUAUAUGUGUACUUUCACAGAGCGAUGUGUUGUUUUUGAAGUGAUAUUUGAUAUCGGGAGGUCGUGGGUUUAAGGAAAAUGCUAUGCAAAGUGCUCCUGUGAGCGGUAAAAUAAACACCAAGUAGAGAACAAAGCAUUCUUUCAAAUAAAAUGGAACAUAUGACAAAUGUUUAGUCUGAACACAAAUGUAGCCUGACUUUUAAGGGUGGUUUUUUUGUCUUCCUGCUUGUGGUGCCUCUUUUACUCCAUGCCUUUACUAUUUUUUUGGGGGG